AUGCUGCAGCUCGUGCUCCUCGCCGCCCUCGCCCUCUGCGGAGGCUGCUCCGAGCAGGUUCUCAAUGGGAUGCAACGGGUGGUCGGGGGGACCGAGGCGAGCUCGCACGCCUGGCCCUCCCAGAUCUCCCUCCAGUAUUCCUCAAGUGGCAGCUGGCAUCACACCUGUGGAGGGUCCCUCAUCAAAAAGAACUGGGUGAUGACGGCAGCCCAUUGCGUGGACAGCAACCGGAGCUUCCGCAUCGUGGCCGGCGAACACAACCUCGACUCAACCGAAGGCACCGAGCAGGUCAUCAGCGUGAGCAAGAUCAUCAUCCAUCCCUCCUGGAACAGCAACAAUGUCGCCGCGGGCUACGACAUCGCCCUGCUCCGCCUGUCCAGCUCCGUCACCCUGAACAGCUACGUGCAGCUGGCAGUCCUGCCCUCGUCGGGCACCAUCCUGAGCAACGACUACCCCUGCUACAUCACCGGCUGGGGUCUCACCCGCACCAACGGGCAGCUCUCCAGCGUCCUGUUGCAGGCCUACCUGCCCGUGGUGGACUACCAGACCUGCUCCAGUUCCUCCUACUGGAGCUCCACCGUCAAGAACACCAUGGUCUGUGCCGGUGGUGACGGCGUCCGUGCCGGCUGCAAUGGUGAUUCGGGUGGUCCCCUCAACUGCAAGGUGAACGGGGAGUACCAGGUCCACGGCGUCACCAGCUUCGUCUCCAGUCUGGGCUGCAACGUCUCGCGCAAACCCACCGUCUUCACCCGCGUCUCUGCCUACAUCUCCUGGAUUGACAGCGUUUUGCAGAAAUUGGGGAAAACGGUGGAAACCAAAGACGAGCAGUUCGAGCAAAGCGCCUACAACUUCCAGCUGCAGCAGAAAUUGGGGAAAACGGUGGAAACCAAAGACGAGCAGUUCGAGCAAAGCGCCUACAACUUCCAGCUGCAGCAGAGCAACGACCUCCUGUGGGACGACUACGAGGCGAAGCUGGGCGACCAAGCCGUGCGGCUGAUGGAGAACUACCUGGCUCAGUUCGGGGACUUUAAG